GCUACCGCUUUGUCCGUCCACCCAGGCGCCUCGUGCUCCUGUGCCGCCACGAGAGCGAAAAUGCGAAACGCGUCCGUGCGUGAGUAACAAACAAUUAAGUUCAAUAUUUGGAACGCUCAGUCACUAUACGCCUCACGACAAUGGACGAGGACGACGAAGAGGCCUUGGCUCCGGGGGAAGGUGAGGUCGGACUCGAGGAGCCGCACAUGGAGCAAGAGCGGAAUAGAGAAGACGAGGAACAUGAGGAAGAAGAGGAUCAAGAUAGGCAUGAGCGGCUUCUGCAGGCAGAGGCUCGUCCCAUCAUUCGUCUCGAGGAGGAUGUCGUGAAUCGGAUCGCGGCUGGCGAGAUCAUUCACCGGCCCGCGAACGCCCUCAAGGAGCUCAUCGAAAACAGCCUCGAUGCCGGUGCGACGCUGAUCAAAAUCGUCCUGAAAGAAGGCGGUCUCAAAACGCUCCAGAUCCAGGACAAUGGUUGCGGGGUCAAGGCCUCGGAUCUGCCUCUACUUUGCGAGCGCUUCGCCACCUCGAAACUCAGAGACUUCUCCGACUUGAGCCGAAUGACGACAUUUGGAUUCCGUGGCGAGGCACUUGCCAGCAUCAGCUAUGUCAGUGCAGCCAUGACCGUUGUUAGCAAGACAAAGGACAGCGACUGCGCAUACCGUGCAUCAUAUGCCGAAGGAACCCUCGUUCCUCCGAAGCCCGGCCAGUCGGCAACACCCAAACCAUGCGCAGGCACCGACGGAACCCAGAUUAUGGCAGAGGACCUUUUUUACAAUGUACCCCAGCGCCGAAGGGCUCUCAAGAGUGCUGCCGACGAGUACAACCGAUGUCUCGAUGUUGCUUCUAAGUACGCUGUUCACUAUGGAGGCCGAGGUGUAGGAUUUGUCUGCAAAAAGGCGACUUCCCACGUCACGGAUCUCAGCACACCGGCGUCGGAUGCAGCGACCACGCUUGACACGAUUCGAUUGCUCUACGGCAGCAGUAUCGCAAGGGAGCUCGUACGGCUGAAGCCACGGCGCGUCUCGUCGCUAGGCUUUUCCGUCGAGGGCUGGCUCAGCGGUGCCAAUUACUCGACAAAGAGGACCACAUUUCUCCUUUUUAUUAAUCACCGUCUCGUCGACUGUGCCCCGCUCAAGCGCUCAUUCGAGGCCUUGUACGGCUCGCUGCUUCCUAAAGGGGGGCAUCCCUGGAUCUAUUUAAGCCUGGAGAUUGACACGGAGAAGGUGGACGUCAACGUCCACCCCACCAAAAGAGAAGUUCGCUUCCUCGACGAAGACGACAUCAUUGAGGCAGUCUGCGAGCAUGCCCAGGACUGUCUUGCGGGUGCCAACUCCAGUCGCAACUUCCAGCUCACUCAAGCUAUCUUGCCAGGAGCAUCGAUACCCGAAGGGAGAAAGGAUGGGGCGCAAGCACCGGUCAUUUCCAGAAGCAGCGGCUAUCCACAGCAUACGGUGCGCGUCGACGCCAGAGCACAGACGCUAGACUCUAUGGGUGCCUUUACACAGAUCGAGCCCAGUAACGAGCCGGCCUCUUUACCCUACCGUGGACUUCCUGAAGGUGAAUCACAGAAGCAACAGCAACAGCCGCCAGCGACAGCGACGGCGAGGCGAAAGAUUGCUGAGAGCGAGUGCACCCUGGCAAGUGUUCGAAAGAUGCGCGAGCGAAUCUCAAAGGCUCGGCAUCAGGGCCUGACGGACGUCUUUCAAAACCACACGUUUGUCGGUGUCGUGGAUACUGCCAAGUCGCUCUCUCUGCUCCAACAUCGUAAAGAGCUCUACAUUUUCGAUCACGCUCAGAUUAUCGAAGAUUUUGCAUACCAACUUGCUAUACGGCAAUUCGGCAACCUCGCCCGGGUCCGACUGUCACCACCACCCAGCCUGGCCGACCUGUUGCGCACUGCUCUCCUCGUUGAAGCCAGUCAACCACAGCCAGGUCGUGGGGAUCUCUCAGACGACGACAUUAUCGUGAGGGUAACGGAGAAACUCGUUUCAAGGGCCGACAUGCUCGAAGAGUACUUUUCUAUCAAGGUCGACGGCGAGGAGCAGACUUUGGAAACGUUACCAGCAUUGAUCCCCGGACAUUCAACUAUCGUGCUGGAGAGGCUGCCCACGCUCAUGCUGCGCUUGGGAAGCGAGGUCGACUGGGAGCGCGAGCGCGAGUGCUUCGAGGGCAUCGCCAAGGAGCUGGCCUUGCUGCAUGUCCCCAUGUUUGAAGGAGAAUCAGAAGAGGGUCAAGAGCCUGAGUCAAAGGAUCCGGGCGCAGAUCUGGAGAAGUUGACAAGGGUCAUGACCCAGGCGUGGCUACCCUCCAUGCGCUGCUACCAGCCAUCAAAGGACCUCAUUGCAAACAAAGCCGUGGUACAGGUUGCCAGCCUUCCGUCACUGUAUUCUGUUUUCGAGCGUUGUUAGCAAUGUCGUCCACUCUGUAUGCAUAUGUAAACGUUUGUAAUCUUCACUGGUC